AUGAUUUCUUUUGUUUUUCAGUACAUAAAGACCAAUAUACCUGGUCCAAAUCUUGAUCUAGAAUUGUUUGAAGAAGAAUAUGCAGGUUGUGAUUGUCAGAAAUGUGAUCAGAUUGAUUUUCAUCUAAGACUGUGCUCAUGUAUCACAACUACAGGCCUCAAUUACAGAGAUAACAAACUUUUAUCAGAGAUUUUUGAAAACGUGGAAUCCAAACCUAUCUUGGAAUGUAACUCAAACUGUUCUUGUUCCAAAACAUGCCACAACAGAUUGGUUCAAAAAGGAAUUCAAAUCAAGUUAGAAGUCUUUGACGCCGGUAUUAAAGGCCUUGGAUUGAGAACAUUGGAAAUUAUUCCGAGGGGAACCUUUGUGUGUGAAUAUGCUGGGGAGAUUCUUACAAAAUCAGAAGCUGCCAAACGGUGUCAAAAUUUGUUACCUUCAGAUAUGAACUAUUUGAUGGUUCUUCAAGAGCACUGUAGUUCUGGACUCUUGCAGACAUUUGUGGAUCCAAAAUUUAAAGGCAAUAUUGGACGCUGGCUUAAUCAUUCCUGCCAGCCCAAUUUGACAAUGUUUCCAGUUCGGAUCAAUAUUAGUGUACCAAGAUUGGCAUUGUUUGCCAAUCGAGAUAUCAAACCUCUGGAAGAACUCACUUUUAAUUACGGCGUUUCUGCCCAGCUCGGUGCCAGAGUUUCUGCUAAUAGAAAGAAGUGUUUUUGUGGUUCCAAAGAUUGUCAGGAGCUUCUGCCAUUUGAUGCUGGUUUGUGUUCUUGA